AUGGCGGAACAACCACAAGCACGAGAUCUCAGCGAGUUCGCUUUGCAAGACCUCACACACGAAUGGGGCUUUGUCGUCGUCCGCACCGCUUACGUCGCCGACAGUGACGAAGCGCAAUGGGCUGCCGCCUUGAAGAAGCUGCGCGCCUACGCGACUCCGGCCGACGACGACGCCGCCGAGAUGGGCCCGGAUACCUUUGCCCUGCCCGUCAUAGCCGACAGCACCGUCCUGAGCGGCGCCGAUUACGCCUCUGUGCGCAAGGCUUUCAACGGGUGGGUUGAGGAUUUCGUUCGCCGCAAGAGUUCGUCAAACGAUGAUGAUGACGACGAAGACGAGGGUGGACAGUGGCCGUCCGACGUUCGCCGUGACGCCUUCAUCCUCAUCGACGAGCCAGUGCUCACUUCGCUACUCGAUGCACCAGCCUUCAUCCCCGGCAAGGCCCCAAACCUCGACCUGGAGCCGUGGGUCGUCGCAGUCGACGCAAAGGACCCGGCAAGCGUGCCGUACGGCGGGGGAGGGCCGUACAUGGGCUUCACGAGGUCGCGCGUGCGUGUUCUGGGUCAGCUAUGGGAGGACCUCGGCUCGCGAUCUCUGGCGAAGUUGAGUCCUGUUCGAGAGUACGACGGCCAGAUCCCGCUUUAUGACGGUUCUUCGCGGGGUAAACUCGUCGAUCCUGCUGGUGGGCUGGAGUGGCGGUUCAAGUUCCCACGGGGUACGCCGCGAGGAGCGGAUGGCACAAGGGCCGUGUUAGAGGAGAUUGAGCGAGGUGUUGGCAGAGCGGAUUGUUCAGGGAGUUGA